AUGUCGCCUAAAUCCCCGCAAAUACCGCCAACAUUUGGUCGCGCGCGAAUUGUAGUACUCCUAGCCUCGUUGCUGGCUGCAUUGAGCGCUGGAACAAAUUACGUGCGUUCGUAUAGUCCUCAACUAGGUUCAAGGCUUGGUCUAACCCACACUCAACUGAAUCUGAUAGGCCUAGGAGGAAAUGUGGGUGUUUAUAUCAGUGCACCAAUCCUGGGCAAGAUUGUAGAUUCACGAGGUCCCAAAUCAUUGCUGCUUUCUGGAUUCGUGCUCUUGCUUGCCGGGUACUCUGGGAUACGACUCGUCUACGACGCUGGACUACCGGAAAAUGUUACAGCGCUAUCGACCGCAAUGUUUGCUUUGUUGAUAGCGUGCAGCUUCAUGACUGGAGUAGGAGGAAACGGAGGAUUGUGUGCGGCGAUAAAUACCACUGCGAAAACAUUCCCGGAUAAGGUGCGAGGCUCCACGACUGGCUUAGUUAUUUCCGGCUUCGGACUCUCUGCCUUUCUAUUCUCCGCAAUCGCACAUCUUGCCUUUCCCGGAAACACAUCUUCAUUUCUGCUCCUUCUCUCACUUGGAACCUCCUUUCCCAUGCUCGUUGGCUUCAUUUUUGUCCAACCUAUUCCUCUUCCUCCUUCCGAAGCCCAUCAUGAAUAUCUUGACGUCGAUCAAGCGGAAGCCGAUGCAGCAUCUCUAGCGCCCGGGAAGCAGUUUUUGGACAUAGGGCCAAACAUAUAUGGUGUCAAGUUGUGGACAUCAAUCGACUUCUGGAUACCGUUCAUUUCGCUCUCGCUACUGAGCGGCACUGGGCUGAUGUACAUCAAUAACAUCGGGUCCAUGGCGCAAGCACUGUAUGUCUAUUCACAUAAAGACAGGUACAGUGAAGUCGAUGCAUCGCAAUGGCAAGCCGCCCAAGUAUCCACUAUUAGUUUCAUGAACUUUUCAGGACGCGUACUAAUUGGAUUACUCGCGGAUUUCAUCAAGUCACGAUUAGGGCUUCCACGUUCCACACUAUUGAUCGUGGUGGCCUCUAUCAUUCUAUCUUCGCAAAUUGUUGCUGCUUACAUCGAGAAUGUCCGUGUUCUCUGGCGAGCAAGCGCAUUGUUAGGUUUAGGGUAUGGGAGUAUGUUCUCAUUGUAUGCCACACUGUGUAUCGAAUGGUUUGGACUGCCUCAUUUCUCUGAAAACUGGGGUUACCUCUCGCUUUCUCCAUUGUUUGGUGGAAACAUCUUCUCAGUUGCCUUUGGACGGAACCUCGAUGCACAUGAGCGGCCUGCGGAAAGCUCAUAUAUGCCACCACCACCGGGGAUCCCCCCGCGUCAGUGUCUCGACGGUCUCGCCUGCUACGUCGACUCACUGCACCUGACAAUUGCUGCAUGCAUUUGUGCACUGGCAUUGAGCACGUGGGCGGUCUGGAGGGAUCGAAGGAAGACUCUGGAAAUCGAUCAGGAUGGUAUGUACGGGAGGGUUCCAAACGUUAUAUGGGAGGAGGAAGAGGAGGAAUCCUGA